AUGCAAACACACAUCGGAACUGUCACAUCACCUUCGGUUGAUCAAUUUGAACAUUUGAGUGAUGAGUAUCCGAAUACUCUCGUUUGUCCUUGUUCACAAACCAAUAUUCGGUAUGAUGAAUUUAUGUUAUUCGAUCCACGUUAUCAUCAAGUGUGUUCAAGUCAACUUAUCUCUCAAGAAUUUAUUUCAACACUCUUCAACAUAAAUAUGUCUCAAUUUUAUCCAUUAGAUUUUCGUCUGAUGGCUAUGUCUCAGUUUCAGGUGUUAGCAUCCUUGUGUCAAACAGCGGCAUGGACUAUAAGUAGUGAUCUCAAUCAAUUUCUAGCACAACAAAUCAUUACAAAUCAAGCUGUAUCACGUGAAGUAUUCGAGGCUCAAGUUGAAGCACUUGUCGAACAAAUGCAAACCACAACAAUAGCGAAUGUAAAAUACAUCGAUCAGCUGGUAUCUCAGGUUACUCUCAAUAGUGGAAUUAUGUCAGCUUUGAAUACCAAUCGUUACCUCAUACAGAAUCCAUUAGUGUCGACAUACUACAGUCAACACGGACAGUACCCAAUUGGAAAUUAUGUUAUCAGCAACACCUCGAAUUCGAAUAAUACCAUUUGCGAUUGUACAGCCAUGUCAAACUGUACUUUUCAAGCUGGUUAUUACAACUACGCCAUUCGUCCUCCACAGAAUAUGAGCAGUGUAUACCAACCUUCGCCACCACCUAUAUUUAUCGUGCCAGGUAUGCUGGUUGGGUGCCUACCUCAUGAUUCAAUGCUUCAGUCGACACUGGAGUGUUUUUACAAUCGUUCAUGUUUGGAUCUUAUUGGUAUUUCACAAGCGAUCAUCCCACUCAAUGCGACUGCUUCAUCUCGCUUUGGAGUAGAUACAGCUGUAAAUACUAUGUUCGAACAGCUUUUCGUCGAAACGUGGCAAAAUUCGAGUAAAUUCACCAGUUACUAUAAUGCAUGCCGUCCGGAAGCAUGCUCCUACACCUAUACACAACGUGGUAAUUUUCUUUAUGCAAUGACGAUGCUGCUUAGUCUCAUCGGGGGUCUCACAACAAUACUCGGUAUUCUUGUUCCUCUCCUCGUACAACUAUUUCGUCAUUUACUAGUUAAAUGCCGAGGUGAAGCAAUUCCUACAAUGGACAAUAAUCCUGAAGGUAGGCAACUUGUUUACUUUUCCUGA